GGCACGUGCCCCCUCCCCAGGCCCCUCCGGCCAUGGAGCUGCUGUCCACCCCGAAAAACAUCGAGAUCAACAACAUCACCUGCGACUCCUUCCGCAUCUCCUGGGCCAUGGACAAGGGGGACCUGGAGAGGGUCACCCACUACUUCAUCGACCUCAAUAAGAAGGAGAACAAGAACUCCAACAAGUUCAAGCACCGGGACGUCCCCACCAAGCUGGUGGCCAAGGCGGUGCCGCUGCCCAUGACGGUGCGGGGCCACUGGUUCCUGAGCCCCCGCACCGAGUACAGCGUGGCGGUGCAGACGGCCGUCAAGCAGAGCGACGGCGAGUACCUGGUGUCCGGCUGGAGCGAGACGGUGGAGUUCUGCACCGGGGAUUACGCCAAGGAGCACCUGGCCCAGCUGCAGGAGAAAGCCGAGCUGAUUGCCGGCCGCAUGCUGCGCUUCUCCGUCUUCUACCGCAACCAGCACAAGGAGUAUUUCCAGCACGUCAGGAUGCACUGCGGGAACGUGAUGAAGCCGUCGCUGAAGGACAACAGCGGCAGCCACGGCUCGCCCACCAGCGGCAUGCUGCACGGCAUCUUCUUCAGCUGCAACACCGAGUUCAACACCGGGCAGCCCCCCCAGGACUCGCCCUACGGCCGCUACCGCUUCCAGAUCCCGGCUCAGCGCCUCUUCAACCCCAACACCAACCUCUACUUCGCGGACUUCUACUGCAUGUACACCGCCUACCACUACGUCGUCCUGGUCCUGGCGCCCAAGGGCUCCUCGGGGGACCUCUUCUGCCGGGAGCGCCUGCCCCAGCUGGACAUUUCCUCCAACAAGUUCCUGACGUGCUGCGUGGAGGACGGCGAGCUGGUGUACCGUCACGCCCAGGACAGCAUCCUGGAGGUCAUAUACACCGAGCCCGUGGACCUCAGCCUCGGCGUGCUGGGGGAGAUCAGCGGCCACCAGCUCAUGAGCCUCUCCACCGCCAACGCCAAAAAGGACCCCAGCUGCAAGACGUGCAACAUCAGCGUGGGGCGCUAAG